CUCUUGAGCUGCCAGGGCUGGUUACUGUGUGCAGACAAGGCUUUCCCAAGUUUGCUACAGCCAGAGGCUCUCAAAAAGAUACCUGCUGCCUUGCAGCUGGUCAAGGGAGGCAGAGAAAAGCAGAGUGGGAAGGCUUGAGAGAGUUUUAACUUCACCUUCAGUCUGGGUGACAGUUCUUUAAGCUUGGGCCACCCGCGUCCGCCCCUUGAAGGGUCUGUGCCCAGGCUGCUGGAAGUAAGCAUGCAGUCCAGGUGGGUCCGAAGUCAGCAAGAAACCUUCCCUGUCCUACACACCCAACAGCUGGUUGACUGCCUUGCUCCAGGGGGCUCUGUCAGAGCUGCAGUUGGGCGCGGGCAGGGAGAGGCCUGCUGGCUCCGCAGCGGGAAGGAUGGAAGGUCCUCCUCACUGGGCAGCGGCUGGGAGGCCUGGUCAGGAAGGGGGCUGCGGCCGGGCCUCUCCUUGCAAGCGGAAAAGGAGCCCCUCCAGGGCCCUCCUCCGCCGGCUGGGCUGCUGGCGGGCGACCUGCGGGAAGGGAGCCGGAGGCGUCUUUCGGAGAUGCCCCUCGGAAGGGACUCCCCGGCCGGAGCGCGCCCUGCAGCAGCCCCCGAGGCGCCCACGGGAAGGAAAGGGUCCCGGGCUGGCGGGGCGGCUCCUCCUCUUCGGAGCGAGCCAGGACCAGACCGUCGGAGCUGCGGCCGGAGCAGGAGGGCUGGGUUGCUCUCUCGGGCCGGCGCUGCACGACCGGAGCUGAUGGCCAAGGAUGGAGGGGGCGAGGUCCUUGCCAGUGGUGAGGGGGGGCGCCUAGCCAGGAGCCCCCAGGAGGCCCUGUGCAACCUGGAUGAUGAGGACAAUGACGAGGUCUUUGACAGCCCCGACAGCCAAGGCCCACGGCCGGGCUGGACCACGUCAGCCACCUUCCGCCACUGCAGCGUGGAUGAGCUUUACGAGCUCCUGGAGAAGCUGGGCAGCGGGCACUUCGGGGUGGUCAGGCGCUGCCAGGAGCGCUGCACAGGCUCCUUCUAUGCCGCCAAGUCCGUGAAGGUGCGGAAGCGAAAGGGGAGCCGCCUGGGCCUGGACCGCGAGCAAGUGGAGCGAGAGGUCUCCAUUCUCCAGCAGCUCCAGCACCCCAACAUCAUGCGCCUCCAUGACGUCUUUGCCGGGAAGGGCGAGGUGGUCCUGAUCCUGGAGCUCAUCCACGGAGGGGAGCUGUUUGACUUCAUCGCAGAGAAGGAGCUUCUGACGGAGACAGAAGCCAUCCAGUUCCUGCAGCAGAUCCUGCUUGGCCUGACCUACAUGCAUUCCCAGCGCAUUGCUCACUUUGACCUCAAGCCAGAGAACAUCAUGCUCUUCCAGAAGGAUGUCCCCAACCCCCUGAUCAAGAUCAUCGAUUUUGGCCUGGCCCAGAAGCUCGAGGAAGGCGUGACCUUCAAAAGUUUGUGUGGGACUCCCCAGUACAUUGCUCCUGAAGUGAUCAACUAUGAGGCUCUGAGCACAGCAACAGACAUGUGGAGCAUUGGCGUGAUUACCUAUAUAUUACUGAGCGGCAUGUCCCCCUUCCAGGGAGAGACGGACGCAGAGACCCUGACCAAUGUCGUCUCCGGCACCUACGAGUUUGAGGACAAGUCCUUCAGCCAAACAUCGGAGCUGGCCAAGGACUUCAUCCGGCAGCUGUUGGUGAAGGAACCUGGAGACCGAAUGUCGGCUGAGGAGUGCCUCAUCCACCCCUGGAUCAAGCCCCUGACCCGGAAGCAGGUUGCGAACCGGAGCCGCUCCUCCAUCAACAUGAAGAACUUCCGCAAGUUCAAUGCUCGCCGGAAGUGGAAGCUCUCCUACAACAUGGUGUCGGCCUGUAACCGCCUCUGCCGGAUGGGCCUCCUGUGCCAGCAGAAGCGGGACGAGGAGAACUUGCGCGGCUGCGAGAGCGACCAGGAGGGGGAGGCCAGCAGCCCCGUCACCCUCUUCCGCAGGCGAAGGAGCAGCUGCUCGUGAUCAGGGACACCGGGAGGCAGGAGGCAGCCUGCUCUUCCCACCCCAUCCAUUCACCAACCCAGGAGGGUGCGGCACAGCAUCUCGGGCAGCUCCAGCCUUCGACAACCAGCCCAUGGUUGCUGCAAUGUGGACAGGGAAGGGGCCUGCUGGCAGGGAGCCCAGCAUUAAAUGCCUGCAUUGCCCCACACUCCUGCUGUGCCAAGAGAGGGGGGGCUCCCAUUGUGGGCGGGAGACAGCUCUCUCUCUGCCUCCAGCACCCUGGGGCUUGGCGUUUUGGUCAGAUGGCUUCCAGCAGAGGCAAGCAUUUGCGGCUUCUUAAAAAUAAUGCUUUGUAUGUAUGUUUGUUUUUGGGGAGCAGGAGAUCCACUUCCCAACUAUUUCUGACCUACUUGGGGGAACAGAACUCCGCUCCCCCCCCAUGCCAGCACACCCCCCCACUACCCAUCCCUUCCUCCAGGAAUUCGUGACCAAAAAAGGUCCCUGGUCACUUUUUAAUAAUGUGCAUAGCGUUAAUGAUAUCUAUACAAGCAAAGAAAUGAAACAUCUGUGUCUUCCUGCUCGGCUGCUUUUUGUUUUUGCUGAAUUUGGUUCAUGUUAAAAGGUCAAGCAGAUAAACGAUUGCUUCACAAAGUGGUUUGUGAGUGAUUCCCAAGGUUUCAGGUGUCCCCUCUUUCUAGGAUUUCAUAAAGGGACUGUAGACAAGUUCUUCUCUCUCUCUCUCUC